CUGUAGGUCUGUUGUCACUCUCUACAAGACAGAGUGGAGAAGAUCCCAUUAUCAUCUGAGCAGCCGGUAGAGAAGAGCAGGGCAGAAUGGAGAUGACUGAGGGCAUCUAUCGACAUGUAGACCCUGGUAGAGUCGACAGACCCUCUAUGGAUAACCAUGAAGAAACAGACACUGGCAGUACUUCAGACUCCAGAGAGAAUUUGGUAGCCCCAAGUCCUCAACCCUCUGGACCCUGGAAGAGGGCUGCUGUGUGUCUGGGUCUGCUGUGUGCUCUCCUGCUGUCUGCCAUCACACUUCUCAGUUUCAAAAUGAUGGAGACCAAACAGUUACAGACCAGCGACAAAGAGAAACUACAGAUGCAGUCAGGUUACGACAACAUGACCAUAGAAUACAAACAGCUACAGAUUACUUACAACAACCUCAAAACAGAGAAAUCCCAACUGCAGACCAGUUACAGCAAUCUUAGCAGAGAGAAACUCCAGUUGCAGAGUAGCUAUGAUAGCCUAAAUAAAGAGAAAUCAGGAUUACAAACCAGAAAUGACCGUUGUACUACAGAGAAAUCAAGUUUACAGACCAGUUGCAACAACCUGAAUACAGAGAAAUCCCAGUUACAGGACAAAUUUGACACCAUGGCUGCCGAGAAGGAUAAACUGCAGAAGAGAAUGGAGAUUACAAAGUAUGCAGUGGAUGUGACUCUGGAUCCUGAUACAGCUGAAAACAACCUCAUCCUGUCUGCUGAUGGGAAACAAGUGAGGCAUGUCGACUCACCACAGAAUCUCCCUGACAACCCAAAGCGCUUUGAUCCCAUUAUUUGUGUUCUUGGAAUGCAGGGGUUCACCUCUGGUAGAUUUUACUAUGAGGUUGAGGUCAGUGGGAAGACUGCAUGGACAUUAGGAGUAGCCAGAGAGUCCAUUAACAGGAAGGGAAGCGUUAGCUUGGGUCCUAGCAAUGGAUACUGGACAAUAUGGCUGAGAAAUGGGGAUGAGUAUAUGGCACAUGCUGAUCCUUCUGUUGUCCUCUCCCUUAAAGAGAAGCCAGAGAGGGUGGGGGUGUUUGUGGAUUAUGGGGCAGGUUUGGUCUCUUUUUAUGAUGCAGACAGGUGGAAUCUGAUGUACUCUUUCCAGGGUGUCUCCUUCAAGGAGAAAAUCUAUCAAUUUUUUAGUCCAUCUCCUAAUUAUGAUGGCAAAAACUCGUCUCCUCUGAUUAUCGUCACUCCAAUUUCGUGCCCCAAAUCCCAGUUGCAGGACAAAUUCCACACCAUGGCUGCCGAGAGGGAUAAACUACAGAAGAGAAUGGAGAUUACACAGUAUGCAGUGGAUGUGACUCUGGAUCCUGAUACAGCUGAAAACAACCUCAUCCUGUCUGCUGAUGGGAAACAAGUGAGGCAUGUCGAGACACUACAGAAUUUCCCUGACAACCCCAAGCGAUUUGAUCCCGUUAUUUGUGUUCUUGGAAAGCAGGGGUUCACUUCUGGUAGAUUUUACUAUGAGGUUGAGGUCAGUGGGAAGACUGAAUGGGAUUUAGGAGUAGCCAGAGAGUCCAUUAACAGGAAGGGAUCCAUUACCCUGAAACCUGAUAAUGGAUACUGGACAAUAAUGCUGACAAAUGGGGAUGAGUAUAAGGCAAUAGCUGGUCCUUCUAUUCUCCUCUCUCUUAAAGAGAAGCCAGAGAGGGUGGGGGUGUUUGUGGAUUAUGAGGCAGGUUUGGUCUCCUUUUAUGAUGCAGACAGAUGGAAUCUAAUCUACUCUUUCCGUGGUGUCUCCUUCAAGGAGAAAAUCUUUCCAUUUUUGUAUCCUUCUCUUAAUUAUGGUGACAAAAACUCAUAUCCUCUGAUUAUCAUCACUCCAAUUUCAUGCCCAAAAUGACUUUUAUUAAUUUUAACUUGCUGGUAUUUUAUUAUGUUUUAUUACUUUGUACUGCUUUUACUCAUCACUUUUAAUCGUGCUCUUCUGUUGAAUUUCUAAUAUCUCUACAAUUCUUCUUCUUUAAUUCAUUUUCACCUGUUUUAUUUGUUAAUUUCUUUAAUCUUCUUUACUUCUGAUCACAUCUUUUUAUCAAUGUAUUUACGUCAGCUGUAAAGCAUGUUGGUACAACUCCUGUUGUUUUUAAAUGUGCUACACAAAUAAAGUUCAAAUGACUUGA